GCGAGUCGUCCUCCACCCCGGGAAAUGGGACCACACCCGAAGAGUGCCCGGCCCUCGCCGACAGCCCCACCACGCUCACCGAGGCCCUGCAGAGGAUCCAUCCCAUUCCCGCCGACUCCUGGAGAAACCUCAUUGAACAAAUAGGGCUCCUGUAUCAGGAAUACCGAGAUAAAUCAACUCUCCAAGAAAUCGAAACCAGGAGGCAACAGGAUGCAGAAAUACAAGGCAGUGCCGAUGGGUCCCCAGCCAGCGAGGACACUCCAGAGGACGAGGAGGGGGACGAGGAGGAGGAGACGGCCAGCCCGCCCGAGAGGAAGGCUCUGCCCCAGAUCUGCCUGCUCAGUAACCCCCACUCGAGGUUUAACCUCUGGCAGGAUCUUCCGGAGAUUCGGAGCAGUGGGGUGCUGGAGAUCCUGCAGCCCGAGGAGAUCAAACUGCAGGAGGCCAUGUUUGAGCUGGUGACCUCCGAGGCCUCCUACUACAAGAGCCUGAACCUGCUGGUGUCUCACUUCAUGGAGAACGAGCGGCUGAAGAAGAUCCUGCACCCGUCCGAGGCACACAUCCUCUUCUCCAACGUCCUGGAUGUCAUGGCCGUCAGCGAGCGGUUCCUCUUGGAGCUGGAGCAUCGGAUGGAAGAGAACAUUGUCCUCUCUGAUGUGUGCGACAUCGUGUACCGUUACGCGGCCGACCACUUCUCCGUCUACAUCACCUACGUCAGCAACCAGACCUACCAGGAGAGGACCUACAAGCAGCUGCUCCAGGAGAAGGCAGCCUUCCGGGAGCUGGUCGCCCAGCUGGAGCUCGACCCCAAGUGCAAGGGGCUGCCCUUUUCCUCCUUCCUCAUCCUGCCUUUCCAGAGGAUCACGCGCCUCAAGCUGCUCGUCCAGAACAUCCUGAAGAGGGUGGAGGAAAGGUCUGAGCGUGAGUGCACUGCCUUGGACGCCCACAAGGAGCUGGAGAUGGUGGUGAAGGCAUGCAAUGAGGGCGUCAGGAAGAUGAGCCGCACGGAGCAGAUGAUCAGCAUUCAGAAGAAGAUGGAGUUUAAGAUCAAGUCGGUGCCCAUCAUCUCCCACUCCCGCUGGCUGCUGAAGCAGGGCGAGCUGCAGCAGAUGUCGGGCCCAAAGACGUCCCGAACCCUGCGGACCAAGAAGCUCUUCCGCGAAAUUUACCUCUUCCUCUUCAACGACCUGCUGGUCAUCUGCCGGCAGAUUCCCGGAGACAAGUACCAGGUGUUUGACUCAGCCCCUCGGGGCCUGCUCCGGGUGGAGGAGCUGGAGGACCAGGGCCAGACGCUGGCCAACGUGUUCAUCCUGCGGCUGCUCGAGAACGCCGACGACCGGGAGGCCACCUACAUGCUGAAAGCAUCCUCUCAGAGUGAGAUGAAGCGCUGGAUGACCUCACUGGCCCCCAACAGGAGGACCAAGUUCGUUUCGUUCACAUCCCGGCUUCUGGACUGCCCCCAGGUCCAGUGCGUGCACCCGUACGUGGCCCAGCAGCCUGACGAGCUGACACUGGAGCUCGCUGACAUUCUCAACAUCCUGGACAAGACUGAAGACGGGUGGAUCUUUGGUGAGCGACUGCAUGACCAGGAGAGAGGCUGGUUCCCCAGCUCCAUGACUGAGGAGAUCUUGAAUCCCAAGAUCCGGUCCCAGAACCUCAAGGAAUGUUUCCGUGUCCACAAGAUGGACGACCCUCAGCGCAGCCAGAAUAAGGACCGUAGGAAGCUGGGCAGCCGAAAUCGGCAAUGACCCCUACCUGGGCCGCCAGCCUGGAGGAGGGAUGUGGUCGGGCAGGAGCAGGGCCUGGCAAGUGACCCUGACAGACGGUGGAGGGCGCUGGGGAAGGGCAGGACAGCACCAGCCCCGGCAGCAGGAUGUGCCUCGGGUUGCCCACCCCUCCUCCCUGCCACGCAGUGAGUGCUCAUGUGUCUUGGCCCUUGGCCCCUCCCUUCCUCGCUUGAAAACUGGAGAAAGGGUGCCCACGUCUCUCCUGACGCAUUUGUAAACAAGAAAGUGUAUUUUAAGCAGUAUUAUGCCACCUCUCUCUCGUCUCUUAGAGGGGUGGAGCAGCUGGGCAUGCUCCAGGGGCCUUCCCGGGACUGGAAGAGGCCCCAGACCCAGGAGACCCUGGCGAGGGGUAGGUGGAAGGUGACAAUGAUCCCCUGCACGUGUCCUCUACCUUGGAAGCUGUUAGACUCUACCAGGCACACAGAUGAGCUGCCCUUGGUCUCCGACUCACAGGACUGAGAGACCAGCCGCCUUUGUCCACCCGUCCCCGUGCCUCUGCCAGCCUCUGGCUGCACGACCAGGCCUGCUCUGUGGCAGGCCUACCAGAGCUUGGCUGAGGGCUCGUGCCACCUCUGGCUCCCUGAUGGGCUGGACGUAACUUGUGUCUUCUGUCCCUUUAAGGAGCUCAGGUGUUAUAUGGAAUGAAUUGGUCACUGCAUCCUGUUAUCAGUUAUGGUUCUGAGAAAAUCAAAUAUCAUUUUUGGCUGCAUUAAAAGAAGCAUCAUGUAUAAAAUAAAGGAGGUGAAGUUCUAUUCUUUAUUGCCA